CGCGCGAGCGCCGGGAUGGGCCCCGCGGCGCGGCUGGCGGCGCUGCUGGCUGUCCUGGCGCUCCGGGCAGGAGACCCGACGGGAGCCGCGGCGCGGGGGGACACGUUCUCGGCGCUGACCAGCGUUGCGCGCGCCCUGGCGCCCGAGCGCCGGCUGCUGGUACUGCUGCGGCGCUACCUGCGCGGGGAGGAGGCGCGGCUGCGGGACCUGACCAGAUUCUAUGACAAGGUGCUUUCUUUGCAUGAGGAUUCAGCAACUCCUGUGUCUAACCCUCUGCUUGCAUUUACUCUCAUCAAACGCCUACAGUCUGACUGGAGGAAUGUGGUACAUAGUCUGGAGGCCAGUGAGAACAUCCGAGCUCUGAAAGAUGGUUAUGAGAAGGUGGAGCAGGACCUGCCAGCCUUUGAGGACCUUGAGGGAGCAGCGAGGGCCCUGAUGCGGCUACAGGAUGUGUACAUGCUCAACGUGAAGGGCCUUGCCCGGGGUGUCUUUCAGAGAGUCACUGGCUCUGCCGUUACUGACCUGUACAGUCCCAGACGGCUCUUCUCCCUGACAGCAGAUGACUGCUUCCAAGUUGGCAAGGUGGCCUAUGACAUGGGGGAUUACUACCAUGCCAUUCCAUGGCUGGAGGAGGCUGUCAGUCUCUUCCGAGGAUCUUAUGGAGAAUGGAAGACAGAGGAUGAGGCAAGUUUAGAGGAUGCCUUGGAUCACUUGGCCUUUGCCUAUUUUCAGGCCGGCAAUGUUUCGUGUGCCCUCAGCCUCUCCCGAGAGUUUCUUCUCUAUAGCCCAGAUAAUAAGAGGAUGUCCAGGAACGUGUUGAAAUAUGAAAAGCUCUUGGCAGAGAGCCCCACCCGGGUGGUAGCUGAGGCUGUCAUCCGGAGGCCCAAUGUGCCCCACCUGCAGACCAGAGACACCUACGAGGGGUUAUGUCAGACCCUGGGAUCCCAGCCUACUCACUACCAGAUCCCUAGCCUCUACUGCUCCUAUGAGACAAAUUCCAGCCCCUACUUGCUGCUCCAGCCCAUCCGGAAGGAAGUCAUCCACCUGGAGCCCUAUGUUGUUCUCUACCAUGACUUUGUCAAUGACUUGGAGGCUCAGAAAAUUAGAGGACUUGCAGAACCGUGGUUACAGAGAUCUGUGGUGGCAUCAGGUGAGAAGCAGUUGCCAGUGGAGUACCGCAUCAGCAAAAGUGCCUGGCUGAAGGACACUGUUGACCCACUGCUGGUAACCCUUGAUCAUCGCAUUGGUGCCCUCACAGGCCUUGAUGUCCAGCCUCCCUAUGCAGAGUAUCUCCAGGUGGUGAACUAUGGAAUCGGUGGUCACUAUGAGCCUCACUUUGACCAUGCUACGUCACCAACCAGUCCACUGUACAGAAUGAAGUCUGGGAACCGAGUUGCAACAUUUAUGAUCUAUGUUCUGAAGCACCACGUCAAUUCAAUUUCUUCUAACAAGUGACAGCUUCCCAACCCCUGACAGGUGAAUGUGGUGGGAUCCAUGACUGUUCUGAUAGGGCGAGGUAAGACUGGCACUGUCAUGUUGUGCUCCUAGUGCAGCAUGUAUCAAAAGUAUUCAAUGCAUGCACACACUCUUGACUCAGUAACACUAAUGGUCCAGACUCUUUCCUACGAGAAGAGCAUAAGAUGAAAAAAUGAUUUUACUCAUUAAGAGUUGUUUAUAAUAAACAUUUGGAAAUAACCUGAAUGUUCAAGGGUGUAGCAUAAAGAUUGUAAGCAGGGAUUCUGUAGUUAGCAUUGGCUCAGUUAAAUCAGGCUCAGUCACUGAGGAGUCAGGUGACCUUUUGUGAAGUACUUAAGCUGAGACUCAGUUUCCUAUCUGUAAAAAGUGAAUCAUAACAAUAACAAUUCUAAUUUAUAGGACUGUUGUGAGGAAUAAGUAGGAUAUCCACGAGGACUUAGUAUAAUAUCUAGCAUAUAGUCAAUGCUGAGUAAAUGUCAGUUACUAGUAUGUAAAUUAUAACAAUGCCUUUUUUUCCUCGAUGAUAAGAUGAUGAGUAAUAUUUUUAAGUAUUUUCCUGUAUUUUAAAAUUAUUUAUAUAUUUGACAAUCAGAAAAAAACUUCAUAUUAAGAGAACAUAGCCACAAUUCUAGAAUAUACCAGUGGUGAAACUCCUUAGCUGAGGUUACCUAGAGAGAGAGAUGAGUGGUGUGGGAAACAUGCCACAGCUGCAGUCAGUGGUUCCUACAAUGCCCAACUUUGAAAACUGUUAUCUAAACAGUGCUCUGCAAGCCACAGUCAUGACCCAUUCGUGGGCUGUGAAAUUAAUUGAGUGGAUGUGGUCGGCAUUUGAGAAAUCUGAACUAGAAUAGAAUGAAAUAAAAUGGAAAAUAACAAGGGGUAUCUCAUCUAAGAAUGUUUAUGAAACUUGUACUUCAGGGGCGUGUGUGUGUCUUGGGUUGUGAUAAUAAACUAGAUUUCUUCCUGAGGGUCUCAAACUUCGAAUCUACUUACUGUAGCCCUCAAUAAGGAUGUUAGCUGGAAGGAUAAAGAAAGGGGGAAUUCCUAAAGGCUUUCCAUUUGUGGCCCUGCAGGCAAACACUGAUGCCAUUGAGCAGUCUUCCUUAAUUCCUAAAGUGGGUCAUUGUCUCUCAAUAAGUAUUUCUCCCAGAGCUGAAACAGAGGAAGGAAUCUAUGUGGAAAUGACAUCAGAUGUCAGGUAGGGCAGAGUUGGAUAGU